AUGAUACUCUCAACAAGCGAAACCAUCCACACGCAUCUAAACGAACCCGCGACCCUGAAAUGUUAUCUAUCCGGACAAGAGAAGCGCCACCUGUCGACUGGCCCCAGCGGCGAUGAAAAUAAAAAUUAUCAACUCUUCUGGUUUCAUAAUGGCGAGAUAGUGUAUCGAGGAGUAAAAAAGAUCAAAAACGGGCUGAUACUGAAAAAGAAAAUUCGUCGGAAAGAUGUCGGUGUGUACACCUGCAAGGCUUUCAACAAUGGCAAAGUUUUUGCAACGGCAAACAGCACUGUGAAAGUUAAACCAACCCCUUCGGUGGCAGGCCCUGGAAAGUUCAGGGGGCACACGAGGUCAUGUGAUCACGUGGAUUACUGCAUCAACGGUGGAACUUGUACUUUCAUACCUAAACUCAACAGAAAAACAUGCAAGUGCAAAAAAGGAUUUGAAGGUCUGAGAUGUGAAGAAAAGUUAACCGGACAAAGAAGUAAACAAAAGUUUUUUGUGUUUAAAUUGUAG